CACGAGUUGAUAUCAUGAUACACAGAAUAGAACAUGUAAAAGAUUACAAAAAUGAUAACGUUAAAGACAUGAGAAAGAUUCAUGAUGGGUUUGAGCCUGAUGGUAUUAUGACCGUUGGCGAUACUAGUUUGGGCAUUGAUGAUAAAAUCCAAACCCAUCUUACAUCUGAUGAUAUUGCGACU